AUGGCCAAGUAUUGCUUUGACCGAAUAUCGAUCGGCGAGCAGUUACCACGUGACUCCAUCUAUCGGAACGUUACCGAACUAACAACGACUGAGUGCGAGCAAAUAUGCAAGCAGGAUAAACAAUGCCAAGCUUAUGUUUAUGGGGUUGGCGCUAAAGGGAACGCUACAUGCGAAUUAAGUAACUUAAGCGAAAAUGAAAUAAAGGAAAAGAAUUUAUUCCAAAAAAAUCCAGAUUAUGACGUCUACGUCCGAAGGUUUAAUUGCGAACAAUCAGCCCCAACACCGAUUGAGCAACCAUUUGAAAACAAUGAAAAUGGACCACAACAUAAACCAGUUAACCGUCCAAGUGACGAAGAUGCCAAAAAACCUUUGUCUGAUGAUCUUAAUCCUUACGAAUCGAGUAGACCACAACCUUCAUAUGCAGCUAAUAGACCAUAUAAGCCAAACUAUAAUCAAGUCAACUACGAAAGACCUGAUGAUUACGGAGCAUACAAACCAGACAACGAUAGACCACCGAGUUAUGGAGAUCAUAAGCCUCAUGAAGCACCAUACAGACCUGAAAGACCAUACAGGAAUGCAACGAGACCAGACCCUUACGAUCAGCUCUAUUUUCAAGAUCCUUACAAAAAACCACGCCCCGGUCUAUGGAGACCAGAUCCUUAUCAUCCUAUUCUACCUGGAGAUGAGAUUCAAGAUAUUUAUGGAUCCGAGGCCCACAGGCCUCAGCGCCCAGAUUAUGUAACUGAAAAACCUCAAUACCAGUAUAUUAUAAGGCCUAAUAGAAAACCAUAUACCAAACCCGAAGACCAAGGGUAUUAUAAUCAACCAAAACCUGAAUACCAGAAACCUGAUCCAUAUGGUUCUUCUCAUCCUAAUGGUCCUAUAGGACCCCCAAUAAGACCCUACAAGCCCACAAGACCCAAUGAUAAGCCCAGUUACAGUUAUACCGACCAAUAUGCCAGUAAUUAUGGCACAUCUCAAGAUAACUCUAUUUACUUGGAAAUAUAUGAUCCUCCACGACCAUAUAGACCUAGUGUUAAUGAAAGACCGUACUACGGAACUGGAAGUGCUGGUCAAAAUUAUGGCCAAAGUUAUGGAUAUAACAGUUUCUCAAAUCAAAAUUCGUAUUCUCAGAGUCAAUUACAAUACGGCUCUAAUUCUUUGAAUUAUGAUAGCCACAGACCUCAAAAACCUACAUAUGGAAAUGGUUUGCCCAAUCAAAAUGAUGAUAUUGGCUAUGGAUCCAGACCAGCUUAUAAGCCAAAACCCUCAUAUGGUUCGCAUAGCCAUCUUAGUCAAAGUUCCCAUAAUCAAGCGUUAUACGACGAAAUGUAUGCCACCAACCAACAGUACUAUAAUCAAGGUCAUGGAAGUGGUUACGGCACUCAAGUAUCAAGUACAUAUGGUGGUAGUCAAAAUCAAUACACCCAGCAGGAAGUGCAUUCUAGCAGCCAAUAUGGAAAUUCACAAAGUGGGUACGCUAACCAAUUAACCAGUCACAAUAAUCGACCUUCAAAUCAAUAUGGUCAAAGUGGUAACAGAGAUCCACCAUCCAGUAAUUAUGGUCAAUCUAACCAACAGUAUGAAUCUACUUAUGGCGAUAAGAACCAGGUAACGAAUACUCAAAGCGGUUAUGGGAAUCAAGCUUCAAGUUCAUACGGUAGUCAGACUAACCAAUAUGGGGUCAGCCAAGAAUCUCAGAAUAAUAAAUAUUCUACCACUGAAAGUGGUUAUGGUAACCAAGGUACAAAUAAUAAUGGCGGUCAUUCUAACCACUAUGGUGCCAAUCAAGAUUCAGAAAGUAAUAAAUACUCAUCUACUCAAAGUGGUUAUAGUAAUCAAGUCACUAGUGGAUAUGGAGAGCAAUCAAACCAAUAUGGUUCCCAUCAAAAUUCACAAAACAACAAAAUUACUAACCCACAAAGUGGUUACGGCAGCCAUGCUCCAAGCUCAGAUUCACAAAGCAACAAAUAUGGUAACAACCAAAGCGGCUACGGCAAUCAAGCCUCAAAUAGCUACGACCAGCAAUAUGGCUCCCAUAGUACACAAAGCAACCAAUAUAAUUCUCAAAGCGGUUAUAGUAACCAAGUCAGUAACUAUGGCGAAAGUCAAUACAAUUUGGACUAUGCCAAUUACCACGGAAGUCAUCUUGGAUAUGGGAUCCAUCACUUGUAUGGAAUAAAACCAGGUAGUUACGGAAAUGAACCAAAUGAUCAUAAGCCUUUAUCAGGCAAUAAUGAACCAUACGAAUAUCAAAAGCCAAACAGACCACUUAAAGACAGACCAAAUUAUCAAGACAACGCUAAACCAACAUAUGGUUCAGAAGCAACAUCAGGUUAUGGGCAUCGAGAUAAAGAUUAUAAGAAACCGGAUGCUAUCCCCGGUUAUCAAGAUAGACCUGAUUUGAAACCGGUUUAUGAACAAGGAAUAGAUAAAUCAAAUGCACCGGGUUACAACGUGGGACCAAUCGGUGAUAGGGUUACAUCACGACCAGUAGCCGUUGGGCAGUAUGGUAGAGAUCCAGGAAAAGAUAUUUCAUAUGAAGCUUGCUUCAGACGCGUGCUAGCUGGUAAGAGAGCUCUACGUAGUCAUGUACGGAGAGUCCUGGACUGUGAGAGGCUGGAGGACUGCAGGAGGGAAUGUGCUACGGAGAAAAGGUUCCACUGUGAGAGUUUUAAUUAUAGAUUGGAUCCCAGUUUCCGUGGCAGAGGGUUAUGCGAGCUGAUGACGAAACCGAUAGAAGCGUUCGAUAUCCGUCAAGAUUUCGUAGAAGACAAAGACUAUGACUUCUACGAACUAGAUCGAAAUAGCCUAGAACCAUAUUGUCCUGAAACUCUAAGAGGACCUAGCCUUCUACAUUCUGGCUAUCUCUCCUCGAAGCCGGCAAAAGUACCAGGGCAACAGAACCAGUGGAGAGAUAGAAUGGAUUGGGCCGAAGGGUACAAGAGUUAUAAUAGGUUCUAUGACGAGAAAAGAGUCCAAAGCUAUAAUAGACGUUACGAAGAUCAGUUUUAUGUUCCCUACCAGAUUGGUAUAAGUAGAACUAAUGAUGAUCAAGAGAAUUUCGGUCAGUACGGCGGUUAUUACGGAGGCUAUGACAGCUAUUAUAAAGAUAGAAACGAUUACCGUGAAUCAAUAAAUCAUUGGAGACUGUCCGAUGAGAACAAACACAAACAAUACCAAGGCGUUCGACAUUAUAAUCAAGAAAAGGACUUCGAUUACUACAGUCUCAGGAAAAAAAGUGGGUGGGAAGACUACGGCUAUGGAUAUGGGUCUUGGAAGAGAGGAAAGUGGAAUAAUUCUGGAAGUUUCUGGAAAGAUUUCGAUGAUCAUUCAAAUCACUACCAUAGUAAGCAAACUUAUUUUGAACCGGAAUCUAGAAGCGAUGAAUCAAGUAAAGAUUGUUCGUCCCGUCGUCGUCCAGGUAUGUCUCUAGGAUCUGGUGCUAUCAGACGAUCGCUUCUUGCCCAUACGGUGGUGGAGUGUGAAGCGGCAUGCUUCAAUGAGAGAGAAUUCAAAUGUGUCUCUUACAGCUACAAAUAUUCCAGUUCUCCAGGAUCUGACAAUUGCUUCCUUAGCGAGCGUCCCUACCGAGGCUUGGAGAUGUCAGCAGACAGCGACUCUGAUGUUUACGCUAUGCCUUUACACCAGGACUGCUUGACUAUCAGUACGAAGCCUUGGGUUGAAAGCGAAUGUUUCUGGCACGUAAGAUCAGGGUCUGCCAUAACUGGUAAAGCGGUAAGAGCUGCUCUUACUGUUACUGGCCUCGGUGCUUGUGAGGCUGAGUGUAUCCGAGCUCAUAGCUUCUUCUGCAGAGGAUUUAGUUUCAGAUUCGACACACCGACAAUAGGGGAUGACCUUGAAAAUUGCCUCCUAACAUCCUCUCCCCCUACAUCCCUAGAUUUAGGUCGCGGCUUGAGACCCAGUAAACAUGAGCUAUACGCCAGAGGAAAUUACGGACGAGGAUGUGAACCCGCACUUUAUGAUGACGUAAAACGGGAACCGCAAUGUUACCUACAAUAUGAUAGCUCAGCAAAGCUAUCAACGAGUGCUAUACGAGGAACAGCUCACGCUGAAGACGAACGCGCUUGCGGGAAAGCCUGUACUGACGCUCCAUUUAGGUGCCUUAGCUUCUCAUACAGUAACAACGCGCUACAAGAUGCUAACAAUUGCUUGCUGUCUGAGAUUCGUAUGUUUGACCUGCAAAGAGGAGUCGACUAUAAACAUUCCCCUAACGACCUGCUAUUCGCUUUCGAUCUAUUCAACGGUCAGUGCUGGAGGAAAGUGCACGGGAAGGAGGAAUAUGACGUACCGACAUUAGAACUACCUCACCCGAUUGAUGAAUCUUCUUACCCAGGAACAGCGUCUGGAUCAGACCUACCAGCUCCACCAGAAAGCUAUAUUUCAAGUUCGGGUCCAAGUGGACCUGGUUUUGCUGAACCACCAAAACCGUAUGUACCAGAAUCUGGCCCAGAUUAUAAGCCAGUUUACGAAACAACUGGACCUAUUAAACCAUAUCUACAUGAUACAUACAAACCGAGCUACAUACCCGAAAGUGGGCCAGACGUAUCUGGUCCAAGUGGACCAAGUGGACCAAGUGGACCAAGUAUACAUAGUGGGCCUAGCUUACCAAUUGGACCAAGUGGGCCUAGUGGACAUAAACCUCAUUACGACUUCAUCGAACCUGGCGUAAAUCCAAAUUACUUAAGACCAUACAAACCAGACAAAUAUAAACCUUAUAAGCCAGAUUUUCCUGACCGUAAGCCAGGUUAUCUGCCUGAUCCGAGUGGGCCAGGCUAUAAGCCUUCAUAUGGCGCAACAGGAGAUGCAUCAGGUCAAGACUUUAGGUAUAGACCAGGAAGACCUUCAAGGCCUAAUGAUCAAGUUGAUGAAUCCUUAUCACUAUCAUGGCGUCACUAUACCGUAUCUGGGUUCCCCUGUAGAAAGGGAACUAUGUGUGAACAAAACCUCAUCGCGGGCCACUGGGCUUGUGAGCCUGAAGCUGGAGAAAUUGGUUCAUGGGAUUACUGCUGUGCUCCGACACAUAGAUGUGGGUACAGUGAAGGAUUUCGUAAGCCAUGGUGCUAUGUAGGUCCAACCCAUGAUCAAUGGCGACCAUGUAGUGAGAAGUACUAUCCUUACCACCAGCAUAAGGGACCGCAUCCCUCACUGGGACAAAGAGAAGCAGUUCGUCCCCGUCCAGACAGACCAACUCAGCAAGCAGACAGAGAUAGAAUUUCUCCUAAGCCAAAUCACAAUGCACUAGACAGAGACAGACAUCAUGGCACGUACCUGCCAGAAGCAGAUAGAAGAUACUGGGACGAUCUAUAUAGGGAUGGACCGCAAGCGUAUUAUGAUAAAUACGGAAAUCCGUUACCAGGCUACACCCGCGUACCAACAGAAGACAGACCACACAUUAAGUACCAACGCAAUCCACCUCGUCCCGGUUCAGGUUACUGGGUACCCGUUAAUUCUCCUGAUGAUGAACCAAACGCUGCAGGACUCGGAGUACCGAGAUACUGGCCUGUAGCCUACUUACACAAAGAUCCUCCACCCAACAUGACAUACUUUAGAUACAACGAAACAGCUCCCGGACGACACAAUGCACCGCCAUCUCGUAAUCAAUCCGAUUUCAAGCGCGUCAAUCUAGAUAGACCGAUUAGCAAUGACUUGGAAAGUAGAAGCAUAGACAGUAGUCCUAGAUCAGAAAAACGCAUAAACAUAACAGAUGACGAUGACGACAUAUUCGAACUGAGAAUAGAUAAAACUACAACUAUAAAACCGGAAGUCAAUGAGACAACACCUGAAACUGUGACGGAAGUAGAAGAAAAAAUCAAUAAAACUGAACUAUACAAUAAGCCUGAAAGUGCUAAUAUAGAGGAAGAUGACUAUAUUAAAGGUAUUGAUGGAAAGCUACAUGAUUUCACUCAUUCAAUAGAAGUGUUUGAUAUUGAUGACGUCAAAGGUGAUAAAAUAUCUGAUGUUAAGACUUUAGAAGCGGAAGAGAAACAAAUCGAAGCGAUUGGAAGGAUUAUCGCUUCUAGGCGUGGCGGAAAGCUUAUAAUAGAAAAAAGGUCGCAAAAAGAUCUUGAAUCGAAAAGCAUAGCAUUGGACAAAGACUUCGUUGAUUUCGAUUUUGGUAAUCGAUUCCCGACUUCAGAGAGACGAGGCGUCGUUAGGAAAGUUACAAAGGACGAUAUAGAAAAAGAUAAAUUUUUAAACGAUAAAAGUCUAGAAGUCAGCGAAACAACGUUCGUCAGACCACCCAGAAUUCUGAGCACUACAGAGAGUGUUAGAAAAACUGUCGUUAAUGGAAAGGUAUUUUAUGAUGCAACGGUUAGAGACCAAAGGGAAUUAUAUUCAAACACAACACGACGCGGAAAGAAUCUACGCUUAGAAGAAAAUAAAGCACCGGUGAUACCGAAUGGUAAUAAUAAGAAGAAGAACGUGAGGACACGUAACACUAAUCCGAUUAGACGUGUCCGAAGGGUGUACCGGAAGAAAUACAAUCCAGAAGAAGUGAGAAAGCGACUAUUGGAAAGAGAGAGAAAUAAAAAUGUCACAGAUAAUAUUAAAAGUUAA